AUGUUCCAAACUCAUAUAUUUUUUGUUUGUUUCGAAAACGCUCCCAUUUUCGAAAACACGCGUCGCCCCGCCUACCCGACGCCAAGAGGCGGGGCUUGUUUGGACGCGCAUCCAAGCGUCGCCCAACUCCUCACUUCAUUCGGCUCGUCGGCUCCGGUCGGCUCCGGUCGACCGCUCUUAUUCUCCCUCUUCUAUUGUCUUCCCCAAGUUCACUCCGGUCAAGGCUCGUCGAAUGCUUGAGUCUUUUCCGUUGUUUACUUCGGAUCAAGGCAAUCCCCUUCUGUAUUGGCACAGUCAAAUUGGCUUUCGAGAAGGGAAACUUAUCAAGUUGAGUAUCUUCUAAGGCUUUUCAAUCGCCUUAAUCAGACCUCAACUAGAUGAUUUCCCAUUCGUCGAAAAGAAUUUGAGCAUGCUAUUGUUUUUUUUUAUCUUUUAAGUUAAUCAUUUCCUUCAAUUUACAUUUAUUCCGCGAAAACUUAUUUUUUGUUCUACUAUCCAUCUUCAAAACUUUAAAUACAACUUUUAAACCUUUCUUUUUCCUUGCUGUUUUACACUUUUCCUCUUAAUUUGGUUCGAAAAACUUUUCAAAAAAUGAUAAAAUGUCUAGUGCCGUUCAUCUAUCCGUUAAUUCGUUUUUUGCUCCUAUUUCCAAUCUAAACCUGUAUUUUUGCAGAAGCAACAGCGCUCCUCCAACAACUCUCUCUGCGUAGAAAUGUGCCAAAACCAAUGUAAGUUUUCCUUUCUACACUUUUCACUUCUUUUUUCUAAACAAGAACUUUUUUAUUGAUUCUUUUACAUUACAGAUCCCUGCACUCCUCGUUCCACCAAGCGUCUUGCCAAGUACGCCAAGGCGAUCAAGGCUACUCCGAUGCGUCCUAGUAAGCUUUUUCUUCACUUUCUUUUUCUACUUUCAAAAAUUUUUUCAUUGAAUUGAUGGAAACUGAAAAUAAGACCUAACCGUGUACUUUUGCAGGCCGGAAGACGAUGCAGGCCGUGCGGAAGUCUGGACGUCGUCUCGACAUCCAACGUCGUCAGCAGAUGCUCGCCGAAGAGGCCGCCAAACGUCAGACUCGUGCCAAGUCUGAGCCCAUCCUCUCUCCUAUGGAAAAAGCCAGUGAGUUUAUUGAACUUUCGUUACAAUGAUGAAUAAUUGAGCUAAUUCCCAAAUAAUUCCAAUGGUCAUUUCAUUUCUUAGAAAAAAAAAAUCACAAACCCACCAGAAAAAAUUUCGAAACCAUUUCUUUCAGUGAAACGCCCGGAGCGACCACUCGAACGGAUCGCGGCGACGAUCCGCUUCCGGUCAGACGUGCUCGAUCGGAUGAUGGCUGUGUACUACGAGCGGAUCGCCGCUGAAGUCGAGGAGAAGAUCGAGCAAGAGCUCCGUGACGACGUCGUCAAGCAGGCUCCAGGAGCUCCUCGUCGUCGUUUCCGUCCGGCCGACUGGAAGCGCAACCGUCCCACUCGUCCAGAAAACGACGAUUUCUAA